AUGGGGGGACUUGGGAAGACCACUCUUGCCCAAUGGGUCUUCAAUGAUUUGUCGAUAAUGAAGAAUUUUGAUUUAAGAAUGUGGGUAUGUGUCUACAAACCAUUUGAAGUCGAGAGACUUCUGAAACAAAUCAUAGAAUCAGCUGGCAUAGGAGCUAAAUGUAAUGCAUCAAACUUGGAUGUAAUUGCACGUAACCUCCAAGAGAGUAAUGCAUCAAACUUGGAUGCAAUUGCACGUAACCUCCAAGAGAAGUUGAUGGGUAAGCGGUUUUUGCUUGUACUCGAUGAUGUUUGGAGCGAAGAUCAUUUUGUUGAAAAAUGGGAUAACUUGAUAAAGCCCUUAAAAUCUGGUAAUGUUGGUAGCAAAGUUAUUGUGACAACACGUAGCAAUAAUGUUGCAAUGAUCAUGGCCCCAAAUUACACUCAUCACUUGGGAAUAUUAUCAGAGCAAGAUUGUUGGUCUUUGUUUAGUCGAAUAGCAUUUAGCAAUGGAGGGCCACAAGAAACCCUGAACUUGGUGAAAAUUGGAAGGAGAAUGGUAAAUAAGUGUAAAGGAGUGCCUUUAGCAGUGAAGGUCUUAGGAAGUUUAAUGCACUCCAAAAUAGAAGAGCAUGAGUGGUUGUUUAUGGAGAAAAAUGAAAACUGGAAUUUACUGCAAGAUACAAGUAGAGGAAUAAUGCCCAUAUUAAAGUUGAGUUAUGAUCAUCUCCCAUCUGAUGUGAAACGUUGCUUUGCGUAUUGUUCAGUAUUUCCCAAGGAUUUUAGAUUUAUGAAAAAAGAGUUGAUACAAUUAUGGAUGGCAGAGGGAUUCCUUGGGGGAAAACAAAUGGAGGAUGUCGGCAAUGAAUAUUUCAAGAUCUUAUUGUGGAAUUCUUUUUUUCAAGAUGUGGAGAAGGACAAAUAUGGAGAUAUAAUGCUGACAUGCAAGAUGCAUGAUCUUCUACAUGAUCUAGCACUAGUUGUUGGAAAGCUUGACUAUUCCACUAUGGAGGCCAAUAAUAUAGAUGAGAUUUCUGAUGAAGUUCGUGGUUUGUCACUUUUUUCAAAUCAUGACGAAACAAUAUUUGAAAUUCCAGAAGCCUUGGAGAAGGCCAAAAAAUUGCGGACAUUAAUAUUGCCAUCAUAUAGUUCGUCUCAAAUAUUAACAUGUUGA